AUGCUCCAGAUCGAAGAGCUAGCACUAAGGCGGCCCAAGAUAACGCAAUGUUCUCCGUUAGGGACAUCCAUCCCAUCAAAUACUCCUCAUGGCAAGUCGUUAAAUUUCACGGUCUCGGUAGCGCUACCAACUUGGAAGGACAAUGUGCUAUAUGAAGAAGGAGAUCCUGUUCUUCACGGACAGCUCAAGAGUGGUUAUCCACGUUUCGUAUACCAUCGUCAAAUCAAACAACUGAUAACACUCUGUGAAAAGCGCUUUGCCAAACCCGAGGAAACAUGUCUCGUCUUCCCAUGUCGACGAGCCGCUGAAGAAUGUCGUGAAUUUAUAAACCGUCGAGCUAGUGCAGACUCGCCGUCAUCACCCACCACUCAACGAAUCCGACUAGCAGAACUCGAUCUCCUCAUGGCCGACGACUCACAUCCCCUAUCUGGAAUCCCAGCACGAUUACAUAUAGUCCUAUACUCUCGCACAUACGCAUCACUAGCCAAACAGUUCUGGCAGCAUUCAGGUGAAGGCAUCUCGUCCCGAUUUGCUCAACACGCGUUACGUGUGCUGGAAGACUCGGAAGCUGCUGCACAGCAAGGACCUGGUGUGCGUGGAUCCGGAACAAACCCGAGAUAUAGGCUAGGUGCUUAUCGAGUCGAUGCACAAGUCGCGGCUGCUCAAACGGCUGAUGAUGUGGCAAGUGCUAGGGAUGAGGAAUUGUUUGUAGAGGAACGAUUUGGGAGGAAUUUGGAAGUGCGAGAUGCGGAUAAUGCUAAAGGGUUGUUGCGGAAACGCAUUGCGGGUAUUGUUGGAGAUCUAGUGGUUGAAUCCGAGUCUGAUGAUGCAAAGACGGAUAAAAAUCUUGAUGAAAGCCACGAGAGGAAGUCGUUACGAGGUGUUACUGAAGACGAUGUUUUCUUGUUCCCAACGGGUAUGAGUACUAUAUAUAAUGCUCAUCGACUCGUUAUGAAGAUCAGGCCAAACCUCAAAAGUGUACAAUUUGGUUUCCCUUAUCUGGAUACGUUAAAGAUACAAGAAAAGAUUGGUCCAGGAGUCCACUUCCUAGGUUUUGGAUCACCCGCCGACUACCAACAACUCGAAACACUCGCUAAAACAGAAUCCAUCUCAGCCUUAUUUUGUGAAUUCCCAUCAAACCCAUUACUCGGCUCUGCUGACUUGACCCGCAUCCGCGCAUUGGCAAAUCAAUACGGAUUUCUUAUCAUAGUCGACGAGACAAUCGGGAAUUUUGUAAAUGUGGAUGUACUGCAGCAUGCUGAUGUCGUCGUGUCAAGUUUGACAAAGGUGUUUAGUGGGGAUUCGAAUGUUAUGGGUGGAAGUUUGGUAUUGAAUCCUAAAGGGAGAUACUAUGCCCAACUCAAAGACUUGCUCAAGACGGAAUACUCGGACUCGUUAUGGGUAGAAGAUGCUGUAUUUUUGGAACGCAACUCUAGGACAUUCCAGCAUCGUAUCCAUAUCAUUAAUCAAAGUGCUGAAGCUCUGGCUGGUUUCUUGGUCAAUCAUCCAAAGGUCAUGAACGUAUUCUACCCCAAAUACAUAACAACCGAAAACUAUAACGCCUGUAAACUACCUGCAGGCGGAUAUGGCGGCCUCCUCUCCAUCGUCUUACACCCACAAUACUCGCACGUUGCAUUUUACGAUGAUCUCCACUGUGCAAAAGGGCCAUCGCUCGGUACCAACUUUACCCUUGCAAGCCCAUACACCAUACUUGCACACUACGGUGAAUUAGACUGGGCUGAAGAGUAUGGUGUAUCUCGAAAUCUGGUGCGAGUCAGUGUGGGGUUGGAAGAAGAGAAUGAUUUAUUGCAGAUCUUUAGAAGUGCGCUUGAUAAGGCGUGA